AUCCAGGAGCGAUUCAUGGAGGCCUUGUACCGCACCCUCGAUGAGGGCAAGGUUGGGAUUUUCGAGAGUCCUACUGGAACGGGCAAGUCUCUGAGCCUGAUCUGUGGAGCUCUCACCUGGCUGCGCGACCACCAGGAGAGGAAGAGGAGGGAGGCGGCCAGGCUGCUGGAGGCCCGGGCGGCCUCCUCAAACGGCUCGGGGGGCCAGGGGGACGCCGGCCAGGGCAGCUCUUCCUCCGUGGACCCCUCCUCCUCCUCAUCCGAGCCCGACUGGAUCACGGACUUCGUGCAGAAGAAGGCGGAGAAGGACCUGGCCGACAAGCUGUGGGAAGAGGAGAUGAAACGGAAGAGGAGAGAGGAGCGGGUGGAGAUGAUGAGACGCAAUGUCCAGCUCAAAUACGCACUGAAGCGCAAGAGCGGCGAGGACGAUGAGGCGGCACGACUACUACAGCUCAGCAAGGACUCGCUGGAGGAGGCGGGGCAGGGGGCGGAGCUGGAGGUCGGGGAGGAGGAGCUUAUCCUGGCCGAGUACGAGAGUGACGACGAGGCCAAGCCCAGGAGCAGGUUUUGUGAUGAAGAGGAUGAGGAUGAUCUGGAGGAAGAGCACGUGAUGAAGAUCUAUUACUGCAGUCGCACUCACUCCCAGCUGGCCCAGUUUGUGCAUGAGGUGCAGAAGAGCCCCUUCGCUGGGGACGUCAGCCUGGUGUCUCUGGGCUCCCGGCAGAACCUGUGCAUCAACGAGGAGGUCCGCAGACUGGGCAGCGUCCAGCUCAUCAACGACCGCUGCACGGAGAUGCAGAAGAACAAGCACGAGAAGCGGGAGAAGCCGGCGGAGGAGGAGCCCAAGCGGAGGCGGGGCGCGGCCAAGGCGGUGUGCCCCUUCUCCAAACACGAGGGCCUGCUGGCGCUGCGCGACGAGGCGCUCGUCACCGUGCGGGACAUCGAGCAGCUGGUGGCCCUGGGCAAGGAGACCAAGGCCUGCCCUUACUACGGGGGCCGCAUGGCCAUCCCCGCCGCCCAGCUGGUGGUGCUGCCCUAUCAGACGCUGCUCCACGAGGGCACGCGCCGUGCCUCGGGCAUCAGGCUGAAGGACCAGGUGGUCAUCAUCGACGAGGCCCACAACCUGACCGACACCAUCACCUGCAUCUACAGCUCCGAGCUCACCGGCUCGCAGAUCUGCUGUGCUCACUCCCAGCUGUCUCAGUAUAUGGAGCGUUACAGGAAGCGUCUGAAAGCCAAGAACCUGAUGUAUAUAAAGCAGAUCCUGUUUGUGCUGGAGGGACUGGUCCAUGUGUUGGGAGGAAAAGCAGGGCUGAAUCCACAGAGCCAGGUGACCGAGCCAGAAACAAAACUGAUGACGAUCAACAACUUCCUCUUCAGUGCGAAGAUAGACAAUAUUAACCUCUUCAAGGUGCUGAGGUACUUUGAGAAGAGUCUGCUGAGCAGAAAGCUGUAUGGCUUUGUGGAGCGGUAUCAGGGGACGGGCGUGAGUAUAAACACCAGCACAUCCAAUAAGGAGAACCGGAGGACGGAGGGCCUCAGCCGCUUCCUGGAGACUCUCCAGAGCGGCCAGCAGCUGCAGCCAGUACCCACUCCAGACCAAAAGGUGGCAGAAGAGGAAAAGCGGAGCAGCCUGUCCUCCCCCAUGAUGCAGGUGGAGGGCUUCCUCUUUGCCCUCACCAACGCCAACAAGGACGGGAGAGUCGUGGUCCAGAAGCAAGGAACGCUGGCCCAGGGCAGCGUGAAGUUCCUCCUGCUCAACCCGGCGGUGCACUUUGCCCCGGUGCUGAAGGACUGCAGGGCGGUGAUCAUCGCUGGCGGCACCAUGCAGCCCGUGGCGGACUUCAAGGAGCAGCUGCUGCUGUCUGCGGGACUGAGCGCGGAUCGCAUCGCUGAGUUUUCCUGCGGUCAUGUGAUCCCUCCAGAGAAUAUCUUACCCAUAGUCCUGUGCAGUGGACCCUCAGGACAGGAGCUUGACUUCACGUUCCAGAACCGGGAUUCACCGCAAAUGAUGGACGAGACGGGGCGGAUCCUGUCGAACCUGUGCAACGUGGUGCCAGGGGGCGUGGUGUGUUUCUUCCCCUCCUAUGAGUACGAGCGGCGGGUGCUGGCCCACUGGGAGAGCGGCGGGGUUCUGACGCGCCUCGCCGCCAAGAAGAAGAUCUUCCAGGAGCCCAAGAAGGCCAGCCAGGUGGAGCAGGUGCUGACGGAGUACUCCCGCUGCAUCCAGCGCUGCAGCCAGUUCCCGGGCUCCCUGACGGGGGCGCUGCUGCUCUCCGUGGUCGGGGGCAAGAUGAGCGAGGGCAUCAACUUCUCGGACGACCUGGGCAGGUGUGUUGUGAUGGUAGGCAUGCCGUACCCCAAUAUCAUGUCCCCCGAGCUCCAGGAGAAGAUGGCCUACCUGGACAAGAACAUGCCGCGGGUUGGGGGAAGGAGUCCCGGCAGCGCUCUGGUUGAAAACCUCUGCAUGAAGGCCGUCAAUCAAUCUAUAGGAAGAGCUAUCCGUCACCGUGGCGACUAUGCCUGCAUUGUGCUACUGGACCGGCGUUACUCCCGGCCCGCCACGCUGCAGAAGCUUCCGGAGUGGAUCAGAGGCAGCACCCAGGUCCAGCCCAGCUUCGGCCCGGCUUUCAGCCACAUCAGGAAGUUCUUCCUGGAGAAGAGGAAGCAGCAGAACGGGGUGUAGUGGCCCGAGAAGGCCGG